AAGUUCAAAAAAAAAAGAUCACCCCUGCCUUAUCUUUUUCUACCUCUAGCGUUGCCGUCACCCGUUCGCAGGACGUUCCCUCCUUUGGUCCACCAAUCCCAAAGGGAGUUACCUUCCCAAAGUCCACUGUUUUCCGGGAUUUCCUGCUGGCCAAGGUCAUCAACGCUGAGAACGCAGCGCACAAGUCGGAAAAGUUCGGCGCCAUGGCAACGCGCACGCGACAGGAGUACCUGCGCGACUUGGCGGAGCGGCACGUGACCAGCACACCCGUGGAGCCUGCUGGGAAGUUUCCCUUCAUCUCUCUGGCACAUAAGCGUCGGGAGAAGGUGCGCCCGUACAGCGGGGCGGAGCUGCGUAGUCUCGGGGCCAUAACCUGGCAGGUUCAUGCCGAAGACCAGGUAGCAGGCGCUGAACGGGAAUGCCUGCUGGCCAUUUCAAAUGACUUCAUGAUCCUGCUGGAUCAGGAGGCCAAAGCAGUCGUGUUUAAUUGCGCCACGCGUGACAUCAUUGGUUGGUCGACUGGGAGCCCCGCCUCACUGAAGAUCUACUAUGAGCGCGGAGAGAGUGUGUCGCUUCGGUCCAUCAACAACAACACUGAGGACUUCGGAGAGGUUGUGAAAAGACUGGAGCUGUUGACCAAAGGCAGCCAGACCACAGAGAUGACUUUGCGCCGGAACGCCUUGGGCCAGCUGGGCUUCCAUGUCAACUUUGAGGGCAUCGUAGCCGAAGUGGAGCCAUACGGCUACGCCUGGCAGGCUGGGCUGAGGCAGGGCAGCCGACUGGUGGAGAUCUGCAAGGUGUCUGUGGCCUCGCUGUCCCAUGAGCAGAUGAUUGACCUGCUCAGAACCUCUGUCACCGUCAAGGUGGUCAUUAUUCCACCACAUGAGGACUCCACUCCUCGCAGAGGCUGCUCUGAAAUCUACCAUAUGCCCCUUGUGGACUACAAGAACCACAAAGAGGGCAUGCCCUACGAGUUAAAGUUCCCUUUCCGGCCAACAAACAACAACGCCAAGUGGCCUCGCAGCUCAUCCAGCCCUCGCUCUGCCGCCGCAGGGGGGACAUUGAUCAAGGCGCCGCCGACAGACUUCAGUGACCGCAACAGCGCCGCCAUUCCUCGCAGUGUGUCGAGCGACGGUCGGCCUCUCAACCCGAAAAGAUAUUCCCCAGGGAAUGACAACUACGCUCUGGCAUGCUCCAUUGUGAUGGGUCGCACGCUGCACAGCACAAACUCGCCCUCUAACCUCUCCUACACCGACACAAUGAGUUCAAACCAGUGGAGGCAGAAGCCUGUGCCUGACGGGUUUAAUAACAACUCCCAGUCGCCUGUCACGUCUGUGCGGCAGGUGGCCACUGAUGGAGUCAACGGAGUCAAGGUGUGUUCUGCUGUUGCAUGGUCCAGACCUGCGGACAGCGACAUCGCAAUCAGGAUGGACAUUGCCAAAACUGGCUCAGAUACCGUAGUUUCAAAGGUUGUGAUUCCUCGGCUCCAGCAUUCAGAUCAGAGCAGCCGCCUGUCUCCGAACAAAAACACCAAGGCCGAUGCGCCGUAUUCGUCCAGCCAGUCGAGCAGCAACACCUUGUCCAGCAACGCCUCCAGCUCGGCGCACAGUGACGAGAAGUGGUACGAAGUCGGCUCGCGGUCCGGAGCGCGGAGCGACCUGGAGCUCAACGGCUACCUUCAGGGCACAUCCACUGACAGCGGCAUCGACGCCACCUCUUUUACCGCCACCCAGAGCAGUACGGCCUCCUCCACCGGUGCCUUCAGGUCCAAGGAAAAAAUCCCCUGGCAGGACGAGGUGGGAAGCUGUGAGAGAGCCUCCACCACGUCGCCUCCAACACCAGACUCUCUUGUUCCCGCCGGAGGCAGUGAGAUAUCGGCAAAGAGCCCAACCGGCUUUACAGUGGCUCCUGAUGGCGCCGCAUACAGCAUGAGUGAUGCGGCGUCCCACUCCAGCUCUGUCAGCUCUGGUCACUCAGAGAGUCCAACGGGACAGAGCUGCAGCGCCUCGUCACCACAGAACGAAGCAGACCUGUCACCCACAUCCCAGAAUCCCCAGUCCCCGGGGACCAAGAGCUUCUAUCCGCGUCAAGGAGCCACCUCGAAGUACCUGAUUGGCUGGAAGAAGCCUGGAGGAACCGUGAACUCCGUGGAUUUUGGCAGCACUCGCAAGCGCCACCAGAGUGACGGCCUGCUUGGUGGUCAGCCCCAGCUCAGGGCCAAUCUCCGCGGCUCCCAGUCUCCCCAGCGCCAGACUGCCAAAUCCAGCCUGGAAGAAGACCUGAAGAAGCUGAUCACUCUUGACAGCCCACCACCUACAACAAAUGAAGAGAAGCCGUUGUUCCCAGGCCCUCCUCCCAGCCGCCGCUCCCUCCAGAGGACGCUGUCAGAUGAGAGUAUUUACAGCGGACAGAGGGAGUCCACCUCCAGUGGACAGUGUGACACAUCCGCUGACCUUCUCUUCACCUGCUCCACCAUCCCACGCUCGCCCACCGUCCGGCACGGUCCACGUCGCCGGGCAUCGCACAAAUCUCUUGGAGACUUGACCGCCCCAGAGAGCUCAGAGCUGGAGCAGGAGAUGAAGAAGCAGCAACUGCAGGAUCCUGCUCUGAUGCCCCUGCCUGACACCGGAGCAGACGGCCCGCUGGACUGGGCUCACCUGGUGGACGCCGCCAAGGCCUUUGAGGAGCAGAGACUGGUUUUCCUAGCAGCCCAGGAGGAGAGCUCUACGGCUGAGAGCACAUCAGCUGCCAGCCCCCAGCAGGCCGAGCCUCAGGCGGCUCCACAGAGACAGCCGUCACCCGGAGAGAUUCCGCCGUGUUUGAUGGGUAAGUUGAGCCAGUUAGAGUCCAUGGUGAAAGUGCUGCAGGAGGACCUGAAGAAGGAGAAAGACGCCAAAGCGUCACUGCAAGUCCAGAUCCAAAGCCUGCGAGAGGACAACCAGCGUCUCCUGGAGGAAUCCUACAGCGCCUCAGCCAAGCUCAAGAAAUUCACAGAGUGGGUCUUCAACACCAUCGACAUGAACUGAUGCCCGCAGACGUCAGCUGCUCUCCACUGGGAUGUUAACCACUACUGAAGCUGAUGUUUGUUUUCUAUGUUGGUCUCCUUAUCAAACCAGCUCCAGCAUUACUUUACAUGCCAUCCUACUUGGUCUGUAAAAAAACAAAAGCUAAUCAUGAAAACAGCUAAAGACUCAAAAGGAGGACGGAGAAAACGAACAGUUUGUGUUAGAUUUUAUCGGCAUGCACUCCCCUCCUGGGAGUACAUACAAUUAUGUAAUGCUUUGGUGGCAUCCUUGCAUGUUAGAGAAGGAAAUGUUGAAACUAACCUAAAGGGAUAUAAAGCUUCUGACCCCGUUUACACUGCUGAUCAGAAGUUUACAUUCCUUCAUCAAGAAAAUGGAAGUCAUGUUAUUUGUGGUUUUUUUAAUGAUGCAUUUAGGACAGUUCUUUUUUUCCUUUUCAACAAUAAAAAAAAAAAAAAACAUUGCAUUCUUGCUUUUAAAAUCCAUUGAAUUUGUCAUGAAUUAAAAUGAGGAAAAAAACAGUUCAAAUACAUCAUCAAAAGCCUUCACGGUGAUGAUCUCUUUAUGAACUUCUGACCGGUACUGGGGUUCUUCAGCUCACCUGAAUGAAACUAAACAUGUUGACAGCUAUAAAGCUGUAAUAAAAUAAAACAUCCAUUAAUGUUGGGCAGAUCCACAUGGACAAUUUUGCAGAUUUAAAUGUUAUAGAUUUGUUGCCGUUUCUCAACACCUUUUAUUUUUAUACCACUAACCAAAAUAAGAAUCCAAAUGAUAUAUUUUGAUGGUAGCAUGGCUAGGUAGCCACAGAGCCCUUAUGUUAGCACACACACUAAGCACUGUAAGGUCAAGGGGCCUUUCUGUGUGUAAACAACUGUGCAGGCAAAUUACAGGCUGUUCAGCGAAAAUGAUCACAACAAGAAAGAAAUAUACAUUGUACAAACACAAUGGGUGCCAUAAAGAUGCAAAUAUACAAUCCAUAUGACUGUAAAUAUGUGAAGUUGGAGUUUAUUUUUCUCUUGCCCUUCUGUUAUAUAAUAUAAACAUUAUUUAUGACAAAGACGAUGGCUGAGAAGGAUGAGAUGUUAGAUAUUUGACGGCUUCCUGAGGAAAUGUGCACCCUAUGUGACAAAUUCUUUAAUCCAAAAUACAAAUUAUUUUUAUGCUUUUUGAUGUAUAACAUUUUGUUGCCUUGCCUGCUGCAGUGGAUUAUUUGACAACAUGUAAAGCGCUACAUGAAACUGACCCGUUUGUCCUUCCAUAGCAUGUGAAAUGGUCUCAAUCUGACUCCCAGGGUAUGUUAAAUCGGUACUUGUUCGUGCAUAAUCACAUACUAAGAUAUUGUGUACACCCUGAAAAUUUCAGCUGCAGGUUUCUGCAAAAACCUGCUUGAAAUCCUGACACAAAACCUGGUCCAUGGAUGACCAAAGCCCUUAUUUAAACCUCACACCGUAACCGCUUCCUUUUGUAUUCAGACACUGUGCAACUGUAUAUAUAAGCAAAGUUUAAUAAUCAUCAAGAAUUUGCACCUUCAGUCUUAUUUUAUACUUUUAUUUUUCAUGUAAUUUUUGCUUAACGGAGUAGCAGAGAGAGAAAUGAGGGUUAUGCAAGAGGGAAAUAAGGGGUUAAAAGACUGAACAAUGCCUGCAAGCUGGACUCAGAAGAGUCUGAGAUCCCUGACAGAGCAGAUCACCCCUUUGCCUUCAUUCUUAACAUGUGUGACAGCAUGUGAUUAUGUUUCCAUUGAGCUGUGAUGUGUAAAAAAAAAAAAAAAAAAGUGUUUCUAUCUAUUAAAGAUAUUUUGUUGAAUUACA